AGAGGAAAUUCGUCUUGGUGAUUUAAAAAAAAAAAAAACGUGUAAAAUAACCCCUUUUAUUUAUUUUGAAAACGUGCAGACGGGACUAGAUUUCUUGGCGGAAGGUUAUUAAUUCCACAGCGCAACAGUGUGCCGUCACACAUUUCAUGAGCUGCAGUCAAGCGGACAGAGUUCACGGCUGCAUUUAAAUCCUGGAAACCCCUGUGAAAGUUGAAUAAUACUCAAAAAUCGAGGGAAUAACAAUUCAACCCGUGUUAUCCGGGUCGCUUUGAAGGAGAUCGCCUCUGUUUUUAUUACCGCGGCAGCCAACCUUGUGGACACUGGAAGAACUCAAAAGCGAGCUGAAAGAUGUCAAUUCUGCCUUUCACUCCCCCCAUCGUCAAGAGACUUUUGGGUUGGAAGAAGGGAGAGCAGAACGGCCAGGAAGAGAAAUGGUGUGAAAAGGCGGUGAAAAGUCUUGUGAAGAAACUGAAGAAGACGGGACAGCUGGACGAACUGGAGAAAGCCAUCACCACGCAGAAUAUCAACACAAAAUGCAUCACCAUACCAAGGUCUCUGGAUGGCCGUCUGCAGGUCUCUCACAGAAAAGGCCUGCCCCAUGUCAUCUACUGUCGUUUGUGGCGUUGGCCCGACCUGCAGUCCCACCAUGAACUGCGAGCAGUGGAGCUGUGCGAAUACGCAUUUCACACAAAAAAGGAUGAGGUAUGCGUAAAUCCCUACCACUACCAGAGAGUAGAGACCCCAGUCCUCCCACCUGUGCUGGUGCCCAGACACACAGAGAUUCCCAGUGAAUUUCCACCUCUGGAUGACUACAGCCAUUCAAUUCCCGAAAACACCAACUUCCCUGCUGGUAUUGAGCCACAAAGCAACUAUAUACCAGAAACGCCACCGCCAGGCUACCUCAGUGAGGAUGGAGAGACCAGCGAUCACCAGAUGACACACAGCAUGGACACAGGCUCGCCGAACCUAUCGCCCAAUCCUGUUUCCCCCACGCACAAUAACUUGGAUCUCCAGCCUGUGACAUACUGCGAGCCAGCCUUCUGGUGCUCCAUUUCCUACUACGAGCUGAACCAACGAGUAGGAGAGACCUUCCACGCUUCACAGCCAUCACUGACGGUAGACGGUUUUACAGACCCUUCCAAUUCGGAGCGGUUCUGCCUAGGCCUUUUGUCCAACGUCAACCGCAACGCUGCGGUGGAGCUAACGCGCAGACACAUUGGUCGUGGAGUCAGACUUUAUUACAUUGGAGGAGAAGUGUUCGCCGAGUGUCUCAGUGACAGCGCCAUCUUCGUUCAGAGUCCUAACUGUAACCAGCGCUACGGCUGGCACCCCGCCACUGUAUGCAAGAUCCCUCCAGGCUGUAAUCUGAAGAUCUUCAACAACCAGGAGUUUGCUGCAUUGCUGGCCCAAUCUGUCAACCAGGGUUUUGAGGCUGUCUACCAGCUCACCAGAAUGUGCACCAUUCGCAUGAGCUUUGUCAAGGGCUGGGGGGCUGAGUACAGGCGACAAACGGUGACCAGCACCCCCUGCUGGAUUGAGCUGCACCUGAACGGCCCCUUGCAGUGGUUGGACAAGGUGCUCACGCAAAUGGGCUCCCCCAGCAUCCGAUGCUCCAGCGUCUCCUAGGGCAUGCUAGUGACUGAAAACAACCAGCCAGUACGCAAAGAUGAUCCUUCAGUCCACCUUUAUACUGCUCUCCUUCCCCAGUAGCACUUUUUAUACACUACACUAAAUAAGGCCUGCGUGUUUUUGUGGCAUAAGGGGGAAAAGUGCAUUAAAGCAGGACCAUGUCAGUAGGAAUUCUGCUUGUUGAUCGUUCUUGUCACAUCUUCACUAAGUGAAUGGCUCAACCGAGGUUUUUUUUUUCAGUUAACAGAUUGACAUAUUUGUUUUGGGAUUUUUUUUUUUUUUUUUUUAAUGUUCUUAUCAAACCAAUGUCAUCCAAGUAUUUUACUGUUGUUCAUCCUCAAUUUAAAGUUUACCAGUGUCUUAAAAACAUGUUUGACAUGCUAUCAUUAAAAUACCAGAAAGAUUGACUUAAUACCACACAUGGCCAACAAUAGCCCACUCUAGAUCACAGUGGCUCAAUCAUCAAUCAAAAAUUCAACCGUGAAACAGUGACUGAUUAUAAAAAGUGUGCGUUAUGGACAAGCACUCCAAGGAUGCGACUACAGGUAGUCCCGGUAUUACAACGUAUUCGACUUACGCGCAUAAACAGUAUCAUAUUGUACCUCGCAUUAUCUUAUUUUUUACUUUACUUUAUUAAUAUGACAUGUUCUGUCCUCACUAAACUAAAGUAAACUGAACUGAAUUUGUUCAGCUUUACAGACUGCAAGCAAGGCAAUUGUGCUUUUGAAGCUUUGUACUUCCUUCACUUUUGACAAUUAUUAAAGCUGUAAAACACAUAUGUACACUUAAGUUCAAAACAUCAUGCAUUUUGACAAUAAAACACUUGACACAAAACAAUUGGUGUUCAAAUGUCCAUCUAGUCCAGGGGUGGGCAAACCGGUCCUCGAGGGCCGCAGUGGGUCCUGGUCUUUGUCCAACUGACCCAGCACAGAUAGUUUAACCAAUGCGGUUUCAGCAGAAAUGAGAAGCACCUGACUGCAAUCGACUGAUUGCACUUGUAAAACAGCAGAUUGGUGAAAAGGUGUCCUCUUAAUGGGUUGCAACAAGAACCCGCACCCACUGCGGCCCUUUGUGGAAUAGUUUGCCCACCCCUGAUCUAGUCUGAUUCAUAUGUAAAUUUAGUAGAUUAAAUUAGCCUAACUAGCCAAUCACUCAAACGUAACUCCACAAACUGUAACUGUAAACUUAACUACAAAUGCAUACACAAACAUAUUAGCUGAAACAACUUACAGCCUUAUGAGGGCCAAACCAGAACGCUAUCCUUUAUCCAUGUCAGUUGUCUGAGUCUGCUUCUCAGUCAUACGAGGCGAAUCCUGCUUGUUGAUCAUUCUUGUCACAUCACACUUGUCACACAGUCAUACAAUGCGACAGUCCAGUUCGACCUAACUGCCAUCAGAGGGCAGUGUAUCCUCCAUCAUUAAACAAAAUACAAUACUUUUGGGAUACAGUGGUACCUCUACAUACAAAGUUAAUUCGUUCCAGGACCUUGUUUGUAAGUCAAAAUGGUCCUAUGUUUAGCAGGAUUUUCCCAUAAGAAUACAUUAGAAUUCCAUUAAUUCUUUCCACAGCCCAAAAACCUACACUAAAUCCUUAAUAAAUACUGCUGGUACUAUUUCAAAUGACAAUUACUCAUAGCCAAUCAAAUAAAUUAUAAAAAAAAGUCGUAAUAAUAAUAUAAUUCCUGUAAUAAUGUAACGAAUCGGGUUCUAAUGUGGCGGACGUUUUUUGCUUUACCUGAAUGCACCGCGUAGCUGACGUGACAGAGAGAGGGAGCGGUGCGGUUGAGAGUUUACUAUCAUUUUUAAUGUUUUGUUGAGAACACCGUCAACUGCAGCAGACAGUAGGUGUUUUGUGUUGGACAAGUUCUAAAAUAAAUGAUAAAAACCUGACGACGCUGGCGAUUUCUUUGGCGAUGUUACCGCAAUAAAAAUUGUCACCUUAACUUAUAAAGACCUGCGAAUGGUGGUCGGAGGAGGACCGUGGAGAUCAUAGAUAUUCUACGGCUGUAUUGUUGAGUCAGUUCACGGAUGCGCACCCCACGCUCAUAUCUCCGAUUUACGCGGAACUUUGGGAUACGUCGCCAAUAUAGGAACGGAAUUCGUUCGUAACCUUUGGACUACCUGUAUUUGGAUAAAAGCAAUUAUUUAGGCAAAGAUUUUCCUUUAAAUUGUUCCCGUUCACAAAAACUUUCUUACUCGCCCUGCAAGCUCACAUCAGGAAAUUCCAUGUUGUCAUUAUCUUUCUCAGUCAUGUCUCAAGGCGGACAUCUAACAGGCAUCCACAAUGAGGAUACUGAAGACAUCUCAUGCGCUUAACAUUUGGAUUAACCUCGCAAGACAGUUUGUUUUCCCUACUUAAUUAUCAUGUUUAAACUCUCAGGACUGUAAAAUAAACAAUAAAAAUAUAGCCUAAUCCAUUUGUAUACAGCAUUCAGGGGAAAAGACAAAUAUGUCACAUUUCUUUUAACUUCUAUUUUUCUAAGACAUAACCUUUUCUCCCUGCAGCUUUUGAUAAAGGGAAAUGUCAAGAUCAAAGCAUGUAAAUAACAGCUGUGCUAAAUCUUUAUUUUUACUGUGUAGUUUUUUCUUUUUGAUCCGUUUACCAUGUACAAAAUAUAAUGUUGAUGACUUCCGUCAAAAGGCAAUGUAAGAAUUUUCAGUCUUAGCUUUGGUUCUAGCAGAAGGUGCACUUCCUUCCAAAGUAAAGUCCUGAACAUGGACAAGAUUUCUCCUUACGAGUAUACUUCUUUUCAUAAAUCCAGCUUUGACCAUUAUGCCUGCCCAGUGGUGCUAAUAUUUAACAUUGUUGGGACAUAAAACUACCGUAGUGUGUUGACACUAACAGAUAGGUGGUGACUUUCAAACAUGUCAAAUGUUCAGUUUGUUUCAGAAAAGUAGUAUCUACCAAUCUGAGACUGUGAUCUCACUUUGUAGUGACACUGAACGCCACAGUUACAAGUCCUCCAAGGGUUCUUUCUAGGACCCCAAAGUAUUCUUUGUACCCUCUUUAGUAAGUGUUUGUGCUUUUUCAAAUUGUUCACUUUAUUAAUUCAUCUGUAUUACCAGUAGUUGAGAUUUUACUUCAUUUUGGAUGUCUGGUAUGCAAUAAUUUCCUUAGUUUUCUUUUGUCUAUAAAAAUGUGUUGCUUUGUACAUUUCUC